AAAAACAAAAAACAAAAACGAACUUCUCCGCUCUCUUUCUCUCUUCCUUCCCAUUGCUUUUUAGGAUUAUUGUUAUCGUCACUGUUAUUUGUAUUACUACUAACAGAAGAGUGUCUCUUCCUCCGCAUAAAAUUCAUUAGAUUUUAGCGAUGUCGUCGGCCCUAUCGAGAGGCCUCAUUUCUCGUUUUAACCAGCUUCUUUCACUCUCUAAUAAAACCCCAUCCCCACCCUUUUUCUUUAGUAGAAGAUUCAGUAUCGAUUCUUUAAUCGAUGGCUCCCAGAUCCAAGAAGAGGCUCGGAUCCUUGAGGCGAAACCCGGAAUCAUGACCCCUCAUUCUAAGCGAACUGGAAUUAUUGCUCUCAAGUGUGGAAUGACUGCUCUUUGGGAUAAAUGGGGCGAGAGAGUUCCCAUCACUGUCCUUUGGGUCGACGAUAACAUUGUCACUCAGGUUAAAACUGUUGAAAAAGAAGGCAUUUUUGCCCUCCAGAUUGGUUAUGGGCAUAAGAAGGCAAAGCAUUUGACAAAGCCUGAAGUGGGUCAUUUCAGAGCUCAUAAUGUUCCCUUGAAGAGAAAACUGAGGGAGUUUCCUGUCACUGAAGAUGCUCUUAUACCUGUUGGUACUUCCCUCGGCGUUCGCCAUUUUGUUCCCGGUCAAUUCGUUGAUAUCACCGGAAUCACUCGAGGAAAAGGCUUUCAGGGUGGUAUGAAAAGACAUGGAUUUAAAGGAAUGCCAGCAACUCAUGGUGCUUCAUUGUCACAUCGAAGUGGCGGUUCUACUGGUCAGAGGGAUGCUCCUGGUAAGGUAUUCAAAGGCAAAAAGAUGCCUGGGCGCAUGGGUGGGGUGCAGAGGACGGUUAAAAAUGUAUGGGUAUACAAAAUAGAUCCGACAAGGAAUAUGAUGUGGGUGAGAGGGCAGGUACCUGGUGCAGAAGGGAAUUUCGUGUUUAUAAAAGAUGCAGUGUACAAGAAGCCAGAUAUCUCAAAACUUCCUUUUCCUACGUACUUGAGGGCAGAAGAUGAGGAGACAACAGAACCUCUAAUAGCUGAUCUUGGAGAGAUGGAUCCAUUUAUGGUAGCGGAUUAAUGGGGGGGUGGGGGGGCUGCUAGAGAAAACAGUUGAUUCCAGUUAGUUAUAGAAUGAAUUCCUGAAAGGCAUGAAAGAGAAUUUGUAUUUCUGCUGGUGAGGCAUAUUUCGUUUUAAUUUUGGUUGGAAGGCAUGUCCUAUUUUCACCAUUAUUACUGUUUGAAAUAAAUAGGGGAAGCUUCAAAAGUUGGAUGAUUCUGUAGGCAGUUUCUUUUUUUUCUUUUUUUUAAUUUAUUGAAAGUAUAAUUUUUGGUGA